CACAAGUGUACGUGAGCGAAGAGGCAUCCCCGCCCCUCCACCCGCGCCAGCAGGGGAACGAGGAGACGGCGCGCUCAGGCGAGAGACGCCGGCGCGCAGAUCUUGUUGGAAACUCGGUCCCCGGUAGGCCGAUUCAAGGUAAUAGUAGCAUGGUAAUCGGUGACAUGGUAUGAGCAUGGAAAACCUAGAAUAGGUGGUGUUAUCUGGCUUUGGUUUGCUGUCUAAACAUUUCUUGAUCUUCACUCAUCAUCACUGGGAGGUUAAGAAACUUAAAGCAUGAGCUCUCAUCGCGUGAAGUGGAAUGAGGACAAUCUGUAUGAGAUUGAAUCAAACAAGCCAGUGAGGCAGAAGAUAACCGAGCCCAAGACACCGUAUCACCCUAUGAUGGAUGAAGAUGGGUCACUAUCACCAACACGCCCUUUCGACAAGUGUCUAGAUGAGACUGUUAAUGCUGAAGCUAUAUUAACUGCUUUAAAUGGUGUGGCCUCUUCAAGUAAAAAUGAUUCAAAGGAUGAUGAGUGGGCAUCCUCAGAUGACGAUGCAGAUGCCAUGGAACAUGAUGGUGACUCAGAAGCUGACAAAGCAUCAACGAGUUUCAAGGAGCACCGCCGCAAUCACUACGAUGAAUUCCGCAAGGUCAAGGAACUGAUGCGCACUGGAUCCCUGGUUGAGGAUGAGGCCCGUGCGAAUGAGCAAGCUGCACACAACGUCGAAGACGAAACCGCAAGAGACAAGGCAACAGGCGACAAGAGUGAAUCGUCAGCAUCACCUCAAGUAUGAGCCGCGAAGUGAAUUCCGUGGUCGCUAAGCCUAGGGUGGUUCAACUAAGCAGGAGCAUGCAGUUUGCGCCUGCUCUGUGUGUAUUGCUGGAUCCUUGUUUUCAUACCAGAUCGGAUGGUUUUCUGUACCCAAAGAACCUGUUGCUCUUUUUUUUUUUUUUUUUUUUUUUUUUUUUUAAUUUCGAGAUGUUGUGGUGCCUAAAAUGAUGGAUAACUCUAGUUGAACUAGCUACUUCAUGUUCGGCCAGGAGGCUAGAAUUUGUCUGCGGCGCUUUCUAUAAUACUGGAACUGAACUAUGUGAACAAGAACAACACUUGAGCAAAUUUUCU